AUGGAAAAUAAAGGGGGCUUCCAUGGCAUUACUGGUAUUUCUGUAACAAAGAAGACUCAUACAUCUCAAAUUGAAAUUAUUCCAUGCAAGAUCUGUGGAGACAAAUCAUCAGGAAUCCAUUAUGGUGUCAUUACAUGUGAAGGCUGCAAGGGCUUUUUCAGAAGGAGUCAGCAGAGCAAUGCCACGUACUCGUGUCCUCGGCAGAAGAACUGUCUGAUCGACCGGACCAGUCGGAACCGCUGCCAACACUGUCGCUUACAGAAAUGCCUUGCUGUGGGGAUGUCUCGGGAUGCUGUAAAGUUUGGUCGAAUGUCAAAAAAGCAGAGGGACAGCCUGUACGCCGAGGUGCAGAAACACCGAAUGCAGCAGCAGCAGCGGGAUCACCAGCAGCAGCCAGGAGAGGCAGAACCGCUCACACCAACAUACAAUAUCACCACCAAUGGGUUAACAGAGCUACAUGACGACCUCAGUAAUUACAUUGAUGGGCAUACCCCUGAAGGUAGCAAAGCAGACUCUGCAGUUAGCAGCUUCUACUUAGACAUACAACCUUCUCCAGAUCAGUCGGGUCUUGAUAUUAAUGGAAUCAAACCAGAACCAAUAUGUGACUACACACCAGCAUCGGGCUUCUUCCCUUAUUGUUCUUUUACAAAUGGGGAGACCUCUCCAACUGUGUCCAUGGCAGAAUUAGAACAUCUUGCACAGAAUAUUUCCAAGUCACACAUGGAAACUUGCCAGUACUUGAGAGAGGAGUUACAGCAGAUAACAUGGCAAACUUUUCUGCAGGAAGAAAUCGAGAACUAUCAGAACAAGCAAAGGGAGGUAAUGUGGCAGUUAUGCGCAGUCAAAAUAACAGAAGCUAUCCAGUAUGUAGUGGAAUUUGCCAAACGCAUUGAUGGCUUUAUGGAACUGUGUCAAAAUGAUCAAAUUGUGCUUUUAAAAGCAGGGUCUUUAGAGGUUGUGUUCAUCAGAAUGUGCCGUGCCUUUGACUCCCAGAACAACACAGUCUACUUUGAUGGCAAGUAUGCUAGCCCAGAGGUUUUCAAGUCCUUAGGUUGUGAAGACUUCAUUAGCUUUGUGUUUGAAUUUGGAAAAAGUUUAUGUUCUAUGCACCUGACAGAAGAUGAGAUAGCUUUGUUCUCUGCAUUUGUUUUAAUGUCAGCAGAUCGCUCAUGGCUUCAGGAGAAAGUAAAAAUUGAGAAACUCCAACAGAAGAUCCAGCUAGCACUUCAGCAUGUCCUACAGAAGAACCACCGAGAAGAUGGAAUUCUAACAAAGUUAAUAUGCAAAGUGUCUACUUUAAGAGCACUGUGUGGACGACAUACAGAAAAGCUUAUGGCAUUUAAAGCAAUAUACCCAGACAUUGUGCGACUUCAUUUUCCUCCACUUUACAAGGAGUUGUUCACUUCAGAGUUUGAGCCAGCAAUGCAAAUUGAUGGGUAAACGUAUCACCUAAGCACUUCUAGAAUGUCUGAAGUACAAACAUUAAAACAAAAGAAAGGAAAAAAAAAGGAAAAAAAAAAAAAAAGAAAGAAAACCAAGACACUUUAUAUGGCCCUGAACAGACCUAGGGAGCCAACACACUGCACAUCUCUUGGCGGUCGGGGUCAGGCGAAGGAUGGGAAACAAUGAAACAAAGUUGAACUUGUUUUUCUCAUGCAUAUGAUUUCCAUUAUGCCUACAAAUAUGGACCCUUUUUCUGUCUCAACUUCUCAAUCCUUGACCUCUGUUUACACAGACUGAGGGUUCUAAUGUCAGAAGGUUGUUUUCUCCUGUAGUUCACUGCCCAGACUUUUGACAGAACAAUCAAUUUGUUGGUCAGAACAGAGUCCACCUAGUAAUCAGCGACUGGUGUGCAUUGCAGAGAUUUCAGCAUCAGUUUGCACAACUUGCUCAUUGUUUCAUGAAGGACGAUUUUUUCUCACCUACCACUGUUUGCCAGUAGACAGAACGGCAUGAAAAGGGUCCAUAGCAAUAGCAACAAUAGCAUUAUAAUAUAUUACAGGGUAAAUGGGCAUGAAGACUAUAUAUAGCAAAA